UUAAAAGCCGUAUAAAAAUUUUGGUAAUAGUUUCCUUGUUAACGUAGCUUGGUGUUGAGCUUGUCUAUAUAAAGGAAGGGAGAGAUCAUAGUAUUUGCAUCAGAAAACAGGAAUAAAAGCACUCAAAAGUCAAAGCGCGCGCGCGCACACACACACAAAAAACAAUCCAAAGCUAAUUGAUUCAUCAAUGGCGAUGUCGGGAACAUACGUGACGGAUGUGCCUCUUAAGGGAUCGGCGGAGAAACACUAUAAGAGGUGGAGGAGCGAGAACCACCUCGUCCCUGAAGCUAUCGGCCACCUCAUCCAAGGUGUCACCGUCCAUGACGGCGAUUGGGACUCUCACGGCACCAUCAAAAUCUGGAACUACACUCGUGAUGGGAAAGAGGAAGUAUUGAAGGAGAGGAUAGAGAUGGACGACGAGAAUAUGGCGGUGACGAUCAAUGGACUCGAUGGUCACGUCAUGGAGGUCCUCAAGGUUUAUGUCACGACGUUACAUUUCAUCCCCGAGUCCAAAGAUGGCUGCGUCUGCAAAAUUACUAUGGUCUGGGAGAAACGCACCGAAGACUCCCCAGAGCCCAUCGAAUUCAUGAAGUUCGUGGAACAGAUGAUUGCUCACAUGGACGACCACAUCCUCCAAAACCAGGAAUGAUGGAUCGAUGCUUAAUCAUCAUCACAUCCUCCUUUUAUUUAUCUUAAUUAAUGUGUGUCCAUCUCGUACAUGAUAUUAAUAUCAUCAUGGUGUUGUAUGUCCAACGUUUAUUUAUAAAAGUAUUGUUGUUCGUUUUUUUUUU